GUGAUCAAAAGGUGUGAUAUCGUUGCAGAUUAUCUUUUGUUGAUUUUGUAUUUGAGUUGAACAGCCCAAAUAUUGUUUGUAUUAGUGAGUCACUCUUGAAGCCACUGUUUGAGUGAGAUUUUUUCUCCAAAGUACUACAAAAAUCAUUAUACUUUUCAAUUUCCAGCUGAAUUUCUUCCAGUUUAGAUAUUUAACUAUAGAAGAGCUAGGCACGAGUGAUGUUAGAUAAGAAUCCCAUUUAUAAGGAUGUGACGUCCGAAGAGACGAAAGCCAAUUCGUACGCAGCAAUGGUUCCGGGUCAAACGAUUGUUGAAAUUCCAUACUUCGAACUUGAAUGCGGCGAAGAAUUGCACAACUUUCCUGUUGCUUAUAAGACAUGGGGAAGACUCAAUAAAGACGGUGACAAUGCGUUAUUGAUUUGUCAUGCCUUGACUGGUUCUUCUGAUGUGCAAGAUUGGUGGGGGCCACUUUUGGGAACUGAUCGAACUUUUGAUCCAUCAAGAUUUUUCAUUAUUUGCAUCAACUUUUUAGGAUCGCCAUAUGGAUCAUGUUCUCCGUUGACUAUUGAAAAGUCCACUGGAAAGCCGUAUGGUCCUUUAUUCCCGCUCGUCACCGUCAAGGAUGAAUUGGGUAUUCAGAAGUUGAUUCUUGACUCCUUGGGAGUUAAAUCUCUAGCUUCGGUUAUUGGUGGUUCAAUGGGGGGUAUGAUUGCUCUUGAGUACUCAGCUACUUAUAAUGAUAGUGAUUUUGUUAAAUCGGUUAUUGCCAUUGCCACGUCUGCCCGUGCGUCUGCUUGGUGUAUAUCGUGGAAUGAAACUCAAAGACAGUGUAUUUUCAGUGAUCCAAAUUAUGAUGAUGGUUAUUAUUAUGAACGCUCAGAUAAUGUUAAACCCGACUCGGGAUUAUCAGCUGCUAGAAUGGCAGCCCUUUUGACUUAUAGAUCAAGAAAUUCUUUUGAAACCAGAUUUGGUCGUAAUUUACCCAAUACUGACCCUAAAGCAUAUCAAAAGCAAAAUGAUUCGCUGAAAUUGUCAGAACAACAAGGUAUAAGGUUACCAAGAACUAGAGAUGAAGAAAAUUGGCUUUUACAUAACGAAGGCUCUAGAUCAACCAAUAUAAAUAAAAAUAAUAGUUCAUCAUCAUUAUCAAGUAAUUCAAAUAAUCAAACAAAACCACAAACUUAUUUUACAGCACAAUCAUACUUGAGAUAUCAAGGAAAUAAAUUUAUAAAUCGUUUUGACGCCAAUUGUUAUAUUUCAAUUACCAGAAAACUUGAUACCCACGAUAUCACUCGUGGUAGAAUUGAAGAUGACGGGAAUCUCACCGAAGACCCACUACCUGAAUUUCUUUCCACGCUUAAGAAGCCACAUUUGGUUAUUGGGAUACAAUCCGAUGGUCUUUUCACUUAUGGAGAACAAACGUUACUUUGUCAACAUAUUCCGAAAAGUACUUUGAAAGAAAUCGAUUCUCCCGAAGGGCAUGAUGCAUUUUUAUUAGAAUUCAAAGUGGUGGAUGAAUACUGUCAAACUUUUUUGAAAACGGAAUUGCCAGAUUACUAUGAUGAAUCUAAGAAUAAAGUAGAACGCUUGUUUGAUUGGCAAAAAUAUGUCAAGUCAGUAGAUAAUGGAGGAAAUUCAGUUUUUGGUGAAGCUGAACAAAACAUUACCAAUUGGUAGAUUCAAAUCAU